GUUCUGCUCUUGCUCAUUUAAGGAGUUCAUCCCUCAGAAGGAACCCAUUGAGGCCUGGUCCUUCUUGCUGUAGCAGCAGGAAAUCUGAGCUUUCCCAGGUCAAGAACAGCCAAGGACUCUAUUUCUAAAGGCCAUUGAACUUCUUUAGAUAAGUCCAGAGGAGGAACUUGAGAUCAAUACAGCUGUUGUGUCUGAUAGCUGAAUAUAAAUCACUAGAAAGACUGAGAACACUAACUGCUUUUUCUGGCAUUCGACUCAGCCUUUUUGUUGUGAGGUCCUUCUUUCUGCAAAGCUGGCUGGGAUCAGCACAGUGGAUCAAAAGAAAACUCAUAAUAAGACAGCUUGGGCUUCACCAGUCUCUAUCCCAAAAGAUAUCAGUGAUGACUUAAACAUAUCACAAGACAGUCAAGAUGGAGAAGAUGGACUCCACAUGUGGGAGGAUGACCCACUGAAGAGAAGUUUGGAAUCAUCAGCAGAGCCACUGGAGGAGACACUUAAGAUUCAUGACAUUUCACAAGAUCAGGUCAAACCUCCAGUUCAAGAGAAAAAGAUACAUCCGCUCCCAAAAAAGCAUAGGCAUGUUAGGAGGACAACAAGGGGGAAAAGGGUGAGAAAGAGCAAGAGGAAGGAGCGAGUAGAAACCCACUGUCCCCCUGUUCAUCUAAUACCUUUGGCACCACCACAAAGUGAAGAAGAUGAAGUGGUCGAUGUACAGCCAUCACUGCACAGUGCACAGGAAGGUGAUUCUGAGUUUCCUAAUAAGGUCAAAGUACAGCGUCCGAAUGAGGGUGCCUGUGUGGUAUAUCAGGAAUGUCAGAUACAGCCCUAUGAGUUCUCCUCAUCCCCAGAGCCUGGACCCUCUUCUCCUGGAAUGACAUCCUUAGCAUCACCAUCACUCUGCUUUGGCAGUUUCUUAAGCUGUGUUUGUCAGACCUUCUCAAGGUCUAAGAAGUCUACCAGAAGUGAGGGCAAGAAGGUUGAGGCAGAAUGUGAUCCCAAGGCUCUGAGAUCUGCCAUAUUGAAGGGUGUGGGCAAAAACAAAGUGGAACCUAACCAAAGUCUGUAGCAAGUUGAAAUAGAUACAGGUUUUCUUUGUGUUUAGUUUUAUAGUUUUCUCCAUAUUUUUGUUCCUGUUAUUUGAAUUCUUGUCUGUUAGAGAAGGGCUACUUUUGUACUGAGAUCUUCAGAUCUAAAGAGGUAGUAAAAGGCUAAGUGACUUAGAGGAGCUUAACGUUAUACCGAACAGUGGAUUUUUCCUACUCCUACUUCUAUUUACUUAGGUGAGAUUCACUCUGGUACAGUAGUCUCCUAAAUUCAUGCAUAUUUCACUCAUCUAUUCAGCUGGCUUAAUUUUAACUAACACCUCUGAGGAUGGAAACAAUACAUUUUCAUCAUUUUAAAUAACAUCUCUUGAUAUCUAUGAUCAAGUUAGAGACUCCUCCUUUCUGUUCUUCUCACUUUCUUUUUACUGUUGGUUAGAGACAUAUCUUACAUUUUCAUUUUCAGCAUAUUAUUUAAAUUCUGUCACUUUCUGUUUGAUUUGGAUAUGCUCUAGGGGUGGUGAUUGUUCUUGGGUAGGAUAUAUCAUUUUUCACAUUUCUUAAACACCUUUGGGUUUUCUUUUUGUCACUUAUUAGUAGGAUAUCUGGCUCUUCUUUUCUGAAGAGCACUCUGGUUUAAAUUAAUUUAAUGACUUCCUUAGAGUGAAUAGAUUUACGAUCUGAGUUUCCCUGUAGCUUUAAUUACCUGCUGUUAUAUCCUGUUUUUUUGUCUUGUGUCCCACUUCAUUUAAGAAUAGUAAAUAAAAAAUAAAUGUAUGAAGUAUCUGUAUUUGAAGAGAGGUGUGUAUUUUCUUCUUUCUUUUUUUUAAUUUUUUUUUAUUUUCUUCUUUCUUUAAGACUAAUCUGGAUAGUUACUACACCAAAACUGGAGAAGAUAGCCAGUACAUUUGUUCUUUUCUUGUCUAGAUCAGGUCUUUUUACUGUUGGAAGAAUAUAAUUGGGAAGGGAAUGGAAAAGACUUGUAAGAGAAGUGGAUUUACUUGGAUUGACCAUAAAGAAGUCUUCUGAUGUGUUCAAGAUCUCAAAUUAGAAUUAUAAAUUUUGCAAAAUGUAGUAUUUAAUGCUUAUAAUAAAAUGGAACACCUUUCUAAAGUGA